ACAAAACAAACGACAGCGCACAAGGUUUUCCGUUUUCCUGUUUUCGUGUUUUCCCCGUUUUUUGUGUUUUGUUUCUCAGCUGGCCGUGGCGGUGUUGUCAAAGUUCUAGGAACAGACUCACCCAGAGUUGGCAAGUUGCGCAAAACCCUGGCCCAGAACAGCUGAGGCGGAAAAAGCGCGCAAUCUGCCGAAGAGCCGCGGAAAAUAAACACUCUGCCCGUUUGUUCCGAGUCGAAGAUGAAUAUUCCGAGCUACACACCGAAUUAUUAUAGUCUGGCGGAUAUUACGGUGACCCAGGAGCGUGUACCGUGCCGCACGCUUCAGGAUUUAUACAUGAUGGGUUUUCUGGAUUCGUCGGAAAAGUCUCCGAAUUUAGCAAGCAACCACAAGAUGGAACUGCCCCUGUGGGUAGUACUGCAGCAGGACGAUAGGAAUCCACACUUUGAGGCGCAAAUACCGGACAUCUACAGUGCGGCCUACAAGGAGAUCUACAAAGCGGACGCCAGUUACGUCGAGCUGGGAGCGUUGAACAAAUUCUACUACGAGCUCGGCAUGUAUCUUACGCGCUACGAUCCAUCGAACAAUGUGUCGGAAAUGCUGCUCACCACCGCCCGGGAGCGAUUGAAGAGUCUGAAGGAUUCGUGCCAAAACGAUGGCAACGAUAGUUUAAACAUUAACAGCAAGUUCGAGUUCCUCGAGCGUUUACUGUUCAGUGAGGGCUGCAAAACGAACAAACUGUUCGACGAUUGGUUGUACGAAAAACAAGUGUACCUGAAAUCGACCGAGAUAGCUGUUAACAUCCGUAAGCGGAAGCGCAGUCCGGACGGUGAACCGGAAGAUGAGCAGUAAUAAAAAGAAUGCUGAGAGGUGCUUUUGCAAUCCUUCGCUUUCCAGGGUA